GCAGCCGGGGCCGCUGAAGGAAGGGUCGGGGCCGGCGAGCCGGUGGGAAGGCUUCGGCCGCCCGCCCCUCAGCGAGCAGUGCGGGGUGCCGGUGAACUUCGUGUCGCGAAGAUAAAUUCACCCCGUUCAAAAUGAAAUCAAAGGAUUCUGAGUACUCUAAGGGCUUGUUCGUUCUUACGGUCGAGAACCGCUGAAACGUCUUUAUCGUGAGAUUGUUUGUGACCUUUGUGGCAUAGUAUCCCUCCGUGCUUUGGACAGGAUUUGCGGUUUUGCUGGCCAAGUACCAUAAGGUCACUGGGACUUUGGAGAAGCCUGGCUUCAAAAGCGAGAAAAAAACCCCACCGUAUUUACCAGUACUUCUCUUAACUCAUGUACUGGAAGACUGAGGACAGUGUAACUGUUAAGAGAGCCUUAUACGCUGUUUUAUACAAUGCAUUGACAAAGUUUAGUCUGCAUCUUAUUCCUGUAGGAGAACCUUACAGUGAAAAGUUGAGAGUAACUUCUUUAGAACUCAAAAAACAGUGAAAGUUUUAGAUAACCCGUCUCUAGUUGUGAUUUGAGAGCCAAAGGCUGAAAUACAAACGGAAAAAAUUAAAAAAAGGCAGAAAAAGUUAAGCAUGGUAUGCGUUUGUAAGGUUGAAAGUUUUAACCCUCAUUCUUCCCGGCACAGUCACCCUGGCUGCGACGGGGCUUGCGUGUGUCACAUGCUUGCAGCACGUGUGUGCAGUUCGGGUUCCUGUAGACUGUGUGAAGAACUGGUGAGGAAAAUUUAACAGCAUCAAAGCACGUGUUAAAAUCCGAUUUUACUUGCCUAAUUUCCCACAUGGUGGAAUGAAUCUAGUCUUCACCAGCAUGGAUAUGUAAACCUUUUCAAGAUGGUUAAGAACUGUGGCGAAGGACCAAGUGGAAUGGCAAGAAGAAGCAGCCACUUCUGCUGACAUCUGAUUUGUAUAUUAGAAAGUAUGGUUUCCUGACAGAAGAGUGCAUUAUAGUUUUUAACAGCAGAUCUUUAUUAAAUGUGCAAUCAAUGGUGGUUUUGGAAAGAUGAGAAAGGAUCCACCGUGGGGCAACUCAGUGAAGCUAAAGAUGUCUGUAACUUCUGUUCAGUCUAUCCCAGUUAGGAGAGUUUUUUUUGUGAUUUUUAAGCUUGGUGCUGUCAGCCCUGUGUGAACAAACCAGAACAAAAAGCACGCUGUGUCUUAGAAAACAAAAUGCCACGGAAGAGGAAAACUGGUGGGAGUCCUUCCCAGAGGAAUGGCAAUUCUGACAGAGCUGCUGUUGCUGUAUCCCAGGGGCACCCAAGCCACUUAGUGGCACAAGCAAUGCGUUAUGUCAAUAAGGAAGAGCUCCUCAACAGCAUGUCAGAGAUGUUUUCUGACCUAGAUCCUAGUGUGGUUUAUAUGGUUCUGUCUGAAUGUGAUUUUAAAGUAGAAGAUGCUAUGGAUCAUCUUCUAGAGCUCUCCACCCAUGCCAAAGGAGUAGCAUCUUCAAAAACCUUGAGUUUUGAUUUAGCAGCAUUAUCAUUACCUCUUGUUAAUCAGCAAAGAUCUACUGCAAAUGAAGGAAUGGGGGAAGGUACUGCAGCACAUAGUUAUUCUGGAGCAGCAAUAGACAAGGUCCUGUCACCUGGUGUGCAGCUGACUGGAGAACUGGAUUCCCUACUAGAAAAUGCCUUUCAGAGUUACAGCUUGAGUGAGGAAUUGCCUAAUUCUGCAAAUGACCAAAUAGCACAUGAGCACCCUGUGGAACAGGGUGGUCUUAACAUAUUUCCUGAGUGGGAAAAACCUGAUUCGGUUUGCAAUGUCCUACCUUUUCCAGAGCAAGCAGAGACAAAUAAUGAGGUUUUAGAAAACUUGUGCUGUUCCCAGCCACCAGUGAGUCAGCUGAGCAUCCAGACAAGCUCACCAUCUGCAUCAGACAGUUUUGCAGAGAUACUGGAAGAUUCUGAUAUGUUGGAAAUACACCAGAAUGUUCAACAUGCUGUGGCUUCAGAAGUAUAUAAACUAUCAAAUGGAGAAAUAUCGUGUGAAAAUUCUGAUCAGACACAAGAUACUGUUUUGGAUCAAAGUAGUGUGAGUGCUGCUUCUUGUGGGUCCUCCCAAAGACCUAUGGAACUAGGAGUAGCUGUUUCUGGAGAUCCUAAUUCAAGGUGCCUGGAACAACAUGAAGAUGCAGUGACUGCCUUUAGCAGUUACCAGAGUGCUUCUCUUCCAGAGGCGUGUAUCUCUCCUGAAACAUCCAGUUUCAAAACACAAAAACCUGCAGAUGCUCAGCAAAUUCAGCAGGGUUAUAACUUAAAUUUUCCUGCACCAUCAGCUCAGUCUCAACAACACUGGAAUCUCAUGGCUCCUGUGUUUUAUCCAUCCAGUGGAAGUCACAGUUUUGUAAUUCCUGUGGCUGCCAGUCCAGGGCAGUGGAGACCUAUUUCUGACUGUAGAACUUCGGAAAAAGGACCCUUUCUUUCCUCCCCAGUGGUUUCAAAUGCCUGGGAUGGCAGCUCUUCUCUGAAGGUAUGGGGAAAUCAAGAUAGAAACUCAAAAUUGAACUUCCUGCAAGCACAGCAACCACGUGUUUGUCACAUGAUGAGAAAAAAGAUGCAACUAAUAGGUCAAGUACUUGUUCUUCUCAGAGGUGUUCCAGGAUCAGGAAAAUCAUAUUUGGCAAGGAAUUUGCUUGAGGAUAACCCAGGUGGAAUCAUUCUUAGUACUGAUGAUUACUUUUACAAACAUGGACAAUACCAUUAUGAUCCUGAUUGCUUAGGGGAAGCACAUGAGUGGAACAGGAAAAGAGCCAAAGAAGCGUUUGAAAAGCGAAUCUCUCCUAUAAUAAUUGACAACACAAACAUACAAGCAUGGGAGAUGAAGCCUUAUGUUGCUUUGGCUCAGCAGUUCAAAUACAAAGUAAUGUUCCGAGAACCAGACACUUGGUGGAAGUUUAAACCAAAAGAACUGGAAAGGAGAAACAUUCAUGGCGUUUCUAAAGAAAAGAUCAAAAGAAUGUUGGAACGCUAUGAACGCUGCCUUACUGUGAGAUCAAUAUUGGAUUCUUCAGUUCCAGACAAAUCAGAAGCUGCUGGUUGGAGUGAAGAUCCUUGUCAGGAGGGAAGCCAGAGAAAAAGAGAGGCACAUUCUGAUGUAAAGGAAGAAGAAUGUUUUGCUUCUGAGGUGGAGCCUAUUGAAUUAGCUGAGGUUGAUAAAACUUCUCCCAGUAUUUCUCUAACAUUAGAAAGUAGUUGUGACCCCGAGCAUUUUCAGAAAGAGGAAAAAGAAAUGGAAAAUACCUCAGUGGAACACAAUUCUGAGGACAGCACUGUUCAAGAUGACUUGGAAAUUAAUUUAUCAGAUUGCAUCAAAAGAGAGCUGCCCUUGGAGAAGAAAGAAGAAAAGGGAUUAAAAACAGAAGAAAAUACUGAAGCAGAAAUGGAUGAGGUUGAUGUGAUUCCAGCUGAAGAGACUAUGAACUUACACACAGGUGGAGCUGAGGAACACAGUGAUAACAACAGUCUCAAAGUUCAAACUGCAGUUGAACAAUUGGGCAGAAUGUGUAUGGAACCAAAAUCAACACAAACGAGUAACAUGAUGGAAUCAAGCAGUUCGGCUUUUGACACAUCAGGAAAACCAGAACCACUGAACUUUCUGGGUGACUGGCCCAUGGAACAAACAAUGGGACAGAGAGUCAAAAGAUCUAGAAGACUAGAAAAAUCUCCUCUGAAGAGUGAUAAGGAAGGUGAAACUCCCAGUCAGCAGCAUUCUGAGAUAGGUAAAGAGCAAGUGGACUUGCCUGAGACACGUACUGUUGAGAAAGGACAUGAGCAUGAAAGUCUACCCUGUAGCUGUUACUCUGUUAGUUCAGAUAAAGUUACACCAGAAUUGCAAACGUUAGAAUAUUGGCCUGUCUCAGCCUCAUUAGAACAGAGACAGCAAAGGUCAAGGAGAAUGAGAAAGACAAAUUUAAAUCAGUGUGAUGAAGACAGAAAUACUGAAGACGACACUAAUACGAAUGCUCUUGAGACUGUGCAUGUGGUUCAUGGGUCACCUGUGAGCACUGAAGAGCAACCAGAUACAAGGAGUUUGCCUGUACACCAAGAGGAAAUAGUAGGUAGUGAAACAGUAAGUGAGGAAAAAUCCCAGCAAAGUAAGAAAACAAGGAAACAUCACAAAUUAGCCCUCACUUUUACAAACAGCAGCUUGCCACAUCCCAGAGAAGAGGACCAUUUGUCUAAACUUAACCUGGCAGAAGAGAAACAGGAAACAGACUUAUAUAGGCAAAAAAGUAGCUAUUCACAGACUGAAUCACAGGACUUUGCUCUCCUGUGGAGAUUAGAAAAGAAAAUGCUUUUUCCUGAGACAGCAAAAAUACUGUAUGGGAGGUUAGAUGGCUUCAAACCCAAAGACAUAGAUAAUGUCUCAGAUUCUCAGGAAAAAAUACCCUAUCGAGUUACGUAUGAUAAAAGUACUUUUGUGGAGGAAAGUGAGCUUAUCAAUAUUGAUGAGUCUGAAAAACUAGAUAUACUCUGUAAGCUCUUUGAGUCUGUUUCAUUUGAAGCUCUGAAAGAUCUGUAUGAAAGAUGUAACAAAGACAUAGACUGGGCCAUAGGUCUGCUGUUAGACUCUGAUGAAAAGUUACGUAAAGCUGUUGAUACUGAGAGCUUUCAGGUAAGCGAAGCUGAGCCAGUGGCCACAGACCUUGAUUUCAAGGCAAGUAUAAACUAUGAUGAGAAUCUCAAAGACUGCAAACAAGCCCCACAAGUACUUGGGGCUGGUGAUACCUUUGAGACUUUAGAAGGCAAGGACUCACCACUCAGCAUUGCAGAAAGUAGGGCUGCCAAGACACCCGUGACAAGCGCUGAUGUUUCUGACUCAUUCACUGCUACCUCACUGGAUAAUUCAGUGGAAAUGAAAAAUUCUGUGGAUUCAGCCCCUAGAACUAACACAAGCAGCUCAGCAGCAGGUGUCAUGGAGCUGUCUGUUUCAGGAAAGCAGAAGGGAGGGAGUGAGAGUCCUCUUGAAGAAACUGUAAAUAAGCCAUCACUUUUACAACUUGAUGCAGCUUUGCCUCAUGAUCCUAACACAACUUCUACCAAUUUGAAAUCUGAAUUAAACAAUGAAAGUGACAGUAACCCUUCAGAAAGCAAUGCCAAAAAUUCCAAAGGGACUGGUUUGUUACUGGAAAUGGAUCGUGUACCUCUGGUUGGUCCUAGCAGCAAUAAAGAAUUGGAGAUGGGUAAAGAAACUCAGGAGAAUUGCAGGGAGAUAUGUGAUAAAGAAGAAAUUGACACUCCAAGCUUGGCUGCAACUAAAGCCAAGAGACAAAGCCCUAUACCAGCAUCACAUGCAGCCUUCAGUAUAGAUUGCCUAGAACUAACAUUGCCUCCUGAAUUGGCACUCCAGCUGAAAGAGAUAUUUGGACCUGUUGGCAUUGAUGCAGGAUCACUAACUGUUGAGGAUUGUGUGGUUCAUAUUGAUCUGAAUUUGGCAAAAGUGAUUCAUGAAAAAUGGAAAGAAUCUAUUCUGAAGCGUCAGAGGAGAGAUGAAUCUUCUAAGUCGUCUGCAGAAGUGUUUCAGCAGAUAGAUACAGAUGACUCAGAAGUGCUGUUAUCUCAGAAUGCAGACAGCAAAAUACAGAAGAAGAAAUCGAGCUUGGCUGCAGACACAUCUAAUAAUGUACAGACAAAAACCCCAGCAACAUCAGAUGUUUUUCCAUUUAUGGAUCAUUGGAAUGCUCAGAUUCAGAAAGUUUCUCUCAGGCAAAUAAUUUCUGAAGAAAUAGCGAUGCAGGAGAGAGAGGACCUGAAUCGUGUUCCUUCUACAGCCAGAAAAGACUGUGCUGCUAAACUAAAGGAGAAGCAACUUUUUGAGAUGUUUCCAACUAUUAAUCAGAAUUUCUUAAUGGAUGUCUUCAGGGACAACAACUACUCUUUAGAACAAACUGAACAGUUUCUGAACUGUGUUCUGGAGGCAGAUCCUGUACAAACAGUUAUAGCUCAAGAAACUGCUCAGCAAAAUGAAAUUGUUUCUUCCUACAAUGCUGCAAAGAACCGUGAGAAGAAGGUAAAAAAAAGUAAGGAAGAGGAUGAUCCUUUAUGUGAAAUGUUUCAAGACUUUGAGUAUCCACAGUAUGAUGAUUUAAGAGCAGAAGCUUUUUGUCACCAGCAAAAGAGACAGGAAUGUUUGAAAAAGGCUGAAGAGGCCUAUCGCAUGGGUAUGAAGCCUGUGGCAGCAUUUUAUGCAGAUCAGGGUCACCUUCAUGAGCAGAAGAUGAAAGAAGCUAACCAUGCUGCUGCUGUGCAAAUCUUUGAGCGAGUAAAUACUUCCUUGCUGCCUAUGAAUGUGUUGGAUUUGCAUGGUCUCCAUGUGGAUGAAGCCGUGAAUCAAUUGUCCAGAGUACUCCAGGAGAAAAGGGAAGAGUACCAGCAGAGUGGUGGCAAACCAUAUCUCAGUGUUAUCACGGGAAGAGGAAGCCAUAGUCAGGGAGGAGUUGCUCGCAUCAGACCAGCAGCUAUCCGAUACCUCACAAGCCACAACUUCAGGUUCACAGAAAUAAAACCAGGCUGCCUGAAAGUCAUGCUGAAUUGAGGAGUUGUGGAAAGAGGAAUAUAGAAACUGAGGUGUCAGAUGACUGCCGGGUAACAGAAGAAACCCCAUGUUUUGAACAGCUGCACUGGUAUUUUUCAGUCCGUUUUAAAGGAUGAUAUUUUAUUAAACUGGUCUCAAUUUACAGCAAGUGGAUUUGUCAGUAUGUUUCCAAUAAUUUUUUUCUGUGGAGUAGAAGUUUUUUUGAACCUGCAAAAGGAAGAUACUUAAAAGGAUUUGAAGUCUCAGAAAUGCAGAUUUAAGAAUUUUGCUGAGAAAUAUAUGAUGUUUUUAACAGAAGUUAAGAUACAAUUUUUAAUAUAACUAUCUUCUUAGCAUACCUAAUCUGCCUUUUGACCCUUGCACGUCUUGAUUGCUGUGGCUUCUGUACUUCUAAAACAUAUUAUCUUAUACAAAGUUAUUUUGUAAUUCAGAACUUUUGCUAAACCCUUCAGAAUAGCAAAGGAGAGGCAGAAACUGAGCAACUACUGGUAUUUCAAAUCCAGUUACAUCUGAGUGCUGAGUAUUUCCAGGUUUCUUUAAAAAUCUUGUGUCUUUUUAGUGGUUAUGUUGAGUUCACCAGUUCUGUUAUCCUGACUUCCCUCAAAACUUCUCCAAAUCCUGAAGGAGGUUGCAUAUAAGGCCAGCUGUGUGUUUGGUAAUUUGGCAGAUUUAGUGUGAUCUCUUAAAGGAAAACCACAAUGCUGUUAUUCAGUCUCUUUUGGAGAUCCACCUACUGGAUUAAAAUUGUUUCUUUCUUUGUAGCUUUUUAAAUUCAGCAAAUGCAGUAUUGUUUUACUUUACAAGUGUCUAAUAAUGAUGUCUUCAUUCUCUGUAUUGUUUGGUGAUUUCCUUUUAGAAAAUAUGAUAAUGAGACAUUUUAAAUAUAUUUUUAACAUCAAAGUGAAUACUAAUAUUGCAGAAGUAAUUGCCUAACUGGAAAAUCUGGGAGUACAAAAGUUACUCUGAUUUUGAUGGCAUUGCAUCAGCAUCUAGAAAUACCUGUGUAAAAACCAAAACAACAUAAAAAGACCCCAAGCAAAACCCUUCAGAAAUUAAACGUCUCUACUUUUGCAUGUGUUUCCAGUACACAAUCAGAACACUUUUUUAAUAGAAAUAUCUUGUAGAAUACAUCACUAUUUUUAUUUAUCUUUGCCUCCUGAAGGGCAUAUGAAUUUUUGUUGUACGGCUUUUUCAGAACAGGUGUGAGUUGUGUAUUAGGAAUAAUAUUAAUAGAUUAAGGAUUAAUGUGAGGAAUUUUUAAAUUUUUAGCCACUUUGCAGUAAAUUUUAUCAAGGAACUACAUGCACAUAGAGUUUGUAUAUGAAUCCAUAUGUGUGUGCAAAUUCUUCAAUUUGCAUACAUGAGGACUAAUAAACAAAGAACUUCUGUGAGAAAAGCUGUCCACAGAAAUAGGUUUCACUUGAAAACGUGUCUGUGUAAGUUGCUGACAGGCUGAAAGACAUGAUGUUUCCUGAAUAUGUCUGUAUUUACUCUAAUAUAUACACAGUGACUAUGAUGCAUGGUAGACUUAAAAAUGAGUUUGUCGUGCUUCAAGAGAUACAGUUAUCAUUUCCUGGUGAUUUCAAGUGGAAGAAUAGCUUGAGUAAUACUUAAUCAAAGAGAUUCUUUCUAUAAUAGACUGCCAUAAUAAGUUUGAUAUUUUUUGUGGGUACUUAGAUCAUCUGAAUUAUGUCCUUUUUCUGUUUCCUUCUCUCUGCCUUGCUCUGGGAAUCAGUGAGUGAAAUACAAAAGAUCUGUGGUCCCCUUACAGCACUAACAGAGCUUUUUCUGCCACUGCAUGAUGUCCUGUGUGAAGUCCACACUCCAUCCUCUGUGACAGUGCCUAAAAUGGAUUGAGAUGCUGUUUAGGCACUUGGCCUCAUGACAACAGUUCAGACUAUCAGCUGUACAGAGUUGCAAAUGCUAGAAUUAUCUCAGCAGAGCCAGAAUCUUUGUUUUGGACCAAGGGACUUCCUUCUGUUCCUGAACAGGUUUUCCUUAGUGCUGCUGUUUAUACCAAAUGGAGUUGCAGCUCUCUGGGACAGCUCUUUGCAGUACAGUGUCUGUUGGUUGGCCUGGGUGGCUGCUGUGUGUUGAGCUGCUUGGGUGCCCAAGCCCUAGAGAGAUGUGCCUGUAAACAAGGAAGUGCCAACACUUCUGGUUGUUUUGGGAGGUAGCCUGAUUCACUCAGCAUAUUCACACCAUUCCUGACAUGGACAAAGACAGCUUAGAUUUUAGUUCAAAAGACAAGCAGAAAAAGUUUUCGUGUUGCCCAUCUGUUCAUCAUAAUCUAGUUGACAACUUUACCCUGGAGAUGAGCAACACAGCUUUUUGCCUUCUUCUGGCUUAGCAAGUGGAUGAUAAUGAUUGCAGUUGACUCUCACUUCCCCAGAACAUGCUCUGACCAACAUGCUCAGGAAUAUUUUUGAAAUUGCCACUUCCUGAGCCUCUUUCAAAAUUACCACUGCACGCAAAAAGUGCAAGCUUAAGGGGACAAAAGAGAUUAAAGAAUUAAAAGUGCAAAAACAGUCUCUGGGAGUGGGCUAAGACUUUCAAGAAAGGUACUGUUCCUGGUGAGUUUCAGUGUCCUUUCAGACUGUUUUUUCAUCCUUUAGUCCUAUUUGGAUAAAUACAUUAAAAAUGUUCAGGGUAAAAUCAGCUCUACCCAGUGCUAGGAGAAUUUUUCUUCAGUCUGUCAAAAUCAGCAGAGAAAUACACAGCUCAAGAGCAGUUUUGAAUACUCUUCUCUCUUCCUCUCUUCACUGGCUUUCAUUGGGGUGCAGGUUGAGGUUCAUGAACAUUCUCUGAAUGCCCUGCCUGGGGUAAAUUGGUCAUUCACCUACAUGUGUUGUUUGAUUACCAGCUGAACUUUGAUGGAGAUGAUGGCUUAAAAUCAUAACACUGGCAAAACCAAUCUUGCCUCUAUCAGCUUCAGCUGCUCAAAAUGAGGCAUUGCAGUUCUGACUCAGAGAAAAUGUAAUGAUCCUCUGAGGGAUCUCAAGCACUUGCUUAAAAGCUGUGCUGAGCUGGAUACAGAAUAGGUCUGAAGAUAAGUGCACGGAGUAAAAGUAAGUAGAGUUUUAUCAGUAAGGAUCUCCAUGCCUUCAGCUACUUGCCAAUAUUCCAGAAAAACAACACUGAAGUUCUUGUAUUUCUCUGAAUGAUUUUAUAAUGUAUUCUGGGAUGAAUUCUUUAAAAUAUAGUUAUUUCGAAAUGGUAUUUCAAAGUAGGUUAUAUUUUAGAAGUUCCAACCAUUCUGAUGUCUCUUGCAGUGAGAAUCCAUGAGAAACCAGAGGUAUCGUGUAAAUUCUGUAUCAUCUUACAAUUAAAAUAGCAGUAUUGCCACCAGCACUCUGAAAUAAUGUACAACUGUUUCUGUAGCACUUUCUGUUCUUCAACAGCAUGUGAUGGUGAUGAAUGGUAGCCUUUAAUAUGUGACUUUUUGUGUCUUCUUUUACAAAACAUUUUAAUAGUUAUGCCAAGUUUUAAUUUAGGAAAAUUACCAUUUUUUAAUAUACAAAAUUAAUACUUGUGCUAACAUUGAUGAGUGAUCCUAAAGUGAAAAAAAAAAGGCCAGAGGUGCAAUGAAGAAAGUUGUCUGAAGUAAUGUGACUGUUGAAAACCAUUUCAGUUGAUUGUGAAAGUAGUAUGGCAAAAAUAUUUCAGGAUACCUUGACAAUACUUAAUGACUUUGGCUUUUGCUUUUAAUAUCAUGUGGUACAUCCCCCCUCAAAACCCAACCAAAGCCCAACUAUUCAUGCUAUUUCAGCUAAAUAAACUUUGCAGAGGAUUAAAUGAGUAGAUGUGAAUACACAUGUGAAAACACCUAGUAUUGCAGCUACCAAUUGUAAAAGCUGUUAGGACCAGUACAUUGGAAGAUACAAAUUUAUAUUUUUAAAUUAAAACAAAAAAUGAUUUUUUUUAUUUGUAUAAAGUUGUACUUUUGCUGUUAACUAUAAUUUUGUUUUUUACUGAAAUAGUUUUGUAAUUUGCAUUUAAAAUUUCUAAUAUGAAAUGGAAUUUACAGAAUAUAGUUUAAUAAAGGAUUUUUGUCACAA